UCCUACUGGUUCAUGUCAUGCUACGAUCGUCCAAGCGGGACCGUGCGUCUCGAGCUGAUAAGAGUUUGAACCACGUCGGACCCAGGUCCUCAUUUCAGCACGACGCCGGCGACAAGCAUGACGAUGAGAUUACGAGUCGCAAAGAAGGACCCUCACAGCGAAGACUCUUGAAGCUCUACCUAUUACUCUUUUGCUAUCGUGCAGCCAAUGCUCUUUUCGUUCGUACUUAUUAUGAUCCCGAUGAGUAUUGGCAGGCACUAGAAGUUGCUCAUAAACUGGUCUUUGGUUACGGGUAUCUUACGUGGGAAUGGACACAUAAGAUUCGCGGAUUCGCACAUCCAUUGAUUUUCACUUUCAUUUACAAAACGCUGGCGGUUUUGGGAUUGGAUGAGACAGAACUUUUGAUUGUAGCACCACGUCUCGUCCAAGCGGGAUUCGCUGCCGUGGGUGAUAUCUACACGUAUUUGUUGGCAUACAGACUCUUUGGUCAUGGUGCUGCCAAAUGGGCGCUCAUGUGUUCCGUGUUGUCCUGGUAUACGUUUUUCUGCGGGAUUCGGACUUAUUCGAAUAGCAUGGAAUCGGUCCUCACUGUGGCUGCUCUCUACUAUUGGCCGUGGACUAGUGAGGGGAACCUCAAUCAUAUGCACCGAAAGCAUUUUCGAGUAGCUUUAGCGGUUGCAUCCCUUGCUUGUAUUGUUCGCCCUACGAACGCAAUCAUCUGGUUGUACCUGGGCGUCAACCUCGUUUGGAAAAACAUCAGAAUGUGGAAGACAAUUGCAUUAGACGCUUUAACGCUGGUGUUCCUUGCGUUGCAAACGUCCGUCCUCAUCGACUAUAUCUUUUAUAAAGAAUGGACUGUUGUCCCGUACAACUUUAUCCGGCAAAAUCUUGUGGAGGGCAUCGCAUCCUUUUACGGGAACCAUGCUUGGCACUGGUACUUUUCGCAAGGAUUUCCUGUCAUCACUUUCAGCUUUCUCCCUCUCCUUGUGUGGGACACCCUCUCUACCAAAGGUCACCAAGCUCCAAUGAGAGGCAGGUUACUGAGGCUAGUGUUGUGGACACUCAGUGUUUACACCCUCUUGCCGCAUAAGGAGUUCCGCUUCAUUUUUCCCAUACUACCGCCUACCAUUGCCUUAACUGGUGCGGCUAUCCAUAGGAUUGAGUCUUGGACGGACAAGGCUAAAGCAAGGAGGUGUCUUUAUCGGAACCGGAUUCCGCUGCUCGUCACGUUCCUGGUGAUUACGAAUGGAUUAGCGGGGUACUAUUUAGGCAUCCUUCAUCAACGUGGAGUCGUAGAUGUGAUGAAUUGGUUGCGAGAGGAAGCGGCUCAUGAACGAAUCGACGGAAUUUUGUUUCUCAUGCCAUGUCAUUCGACCCCAUUUUAUAGCCAUCUACACCGAAAUGUGUCGAUGCGAUUUUUGACCUGUGAGCCCCCUGUCGGGAUUGACCCAAGCACGUACCAAGAUGAGGCAGAUAUCUUUUAUCAAAGCCCCAAGUCAUUUAUAGAGAAGUAUUUUGAUCCCAAUAUGAGGAGCAUCGGGGUCUCCACGACAGCCUACCAUGACGACACCAUACCUGUGCCUGGUCAACAUUGGCGAAUACAACGAUUUUACUGGCCGAGUCAUGUUGUCAUUUUUGAAGCACUAUCGAGGGAUAUGCUCGAUAUUUUCAAAGGGUCGAACUAUGAAGAGUGUGAACGAUUCUUCAACUCGCAUUUUCACGAUGAUCCACGAAGAAGAGGCGAUGUAAUCGUUUAUUGCCGACGCCUAAGCAAUGAGAUACACACGAAAUAACGGCUAUGGCCAUCAACCUUGGUUCUAAACUUUCCCUAAAAUGAACCAACCAAGACCCUCUCUUUCGCCUAUGUACAUGCUAUUCUUGCAAUCUACCCACAUUGAACACGAAAUCAGUCAAUGCGCUACUCCAGGAGGAGGGCGGUCGAUGGCGAGUUCCACACCAUGGUUUAAUGGCACUACCUCGCUUCCACAAUAUUUACAUUUCCUGGCUUUCUCGGGAAUCUCUUCUAAGCACCAAGGACAAUCCCGAUAUCUCUUCAAGAACUUGGAUCCUUUGUGCAAAAGCUUUGUGUAUGCCUUUAUGAGAAAGAAUAGUAUCACUGCGAUAAGGAAGAAAUUGAUGAUACGUUGGAUAAAAUGCCCGCUGUAACAAGAAUUUAAUGGUGAGACAGUUAGACAAUAUAUGAACACUCGUA